AUGAAUUCCUUUUAUUUUCUCAUCAUUUGUUUUAUUUUACUUUAUACAUUUGAUAAUACAAAUGGACAUGAUGAUAGGCCUAAACGGGAAAAAACACAUUUAAAAAAAGAUCCACGAGAUUAUACAGAUAGAGAUGCAGAUAGUCUUUUUGAAGAGUGGGAGGAUAAUGAUGAAGAUAUUUUACCUGAAGAUGAACGAGAUGAUUAUUUUUUUCGUAGUAAAAAUCGACCUAAUAUUCGACCUGAAGAUUUAGUUGGUAAACCACAGGAAGAAAUAAUGAAAUUAUCAAAAAAAGGACAAACAUUAAUGAUGUUUGCUACUGUUUCGGGUUCACCAACACGACGAGAAACUGAACAAAUUACUCAAAUAUGGUGGUCAGGUUUAAAAAAUGCUUUAUAUGAUGUCAAUAGAUAUGUUAUUGAUGAUAAUCGUAUUUUACUUGUUUUAUCUGAUGGUUCACAAGGAUUUGAUGUAAAAGAUUUUCUUGUACAACAAGAUCGUUGUCAAGAAGUUACUAUUGAUAAUAAACCUUAUUAUGGUAAAGGUGCCAAAGAAGAAGAUAAACGAAAAAAGAAAGAUCUCUGA